GUUGUCCAUUUGAUGUCAUAGUGACAGCAUAAACCCAUCAUGUAUGUACAAUCUUUCCUGAGAAAUGGUCCAAAUGGUCUCAAACAUCAGAUAACAACCAAACCAUAGCUCUAGUUGUCACAAAAACAGGUAGGUUGGGCAGACUGGAUGCACCCCAAUCAGUGCCUUUAGUCCACUAAAUGAGUCCCCCGAGGACCAUAAAUCUCAGUGGAAGGUAAUCACCUGUAACUUACCAGGCUUUUACUCUCUGAAUGGAGUAUCUUGAAGAAGUCCAGGAAAGUCUUUCAGAGGAUGAAGGCUGCGACACUGAUGGACAUCAGGAUGGGGGAGAGGAUGAAAUUGACAAAAUGAGGAAAGAGAAGUUAGAGGAGGAUAAAGAAUGUGGACAUCAGUCUGUGUGGGCCCAUCUCCCGGACACGUGCCUGAGAGAGGUGUUUCUGUAUCUCCGGGACCGUGACCGGGUGCGUGCUGCUCUGGUGUGUCAUCACUGGCACCACGUGGUGCGCUCUCCCUCCCUCUGGCGGGUGCGCACCUUCAACUUCUCGGGCCGUGCGUCGCGAGCCCACCGCUCUGAGAUGGACACUGCCGUCAGCUUCGCGAAGACGUACGGCGGCUUCUUGGAGGACCUGGAGAUCCGCUUCUCGCACCCGAUUAACUCUCUUGUGACGCGGCGCUUCCAGCAGACCAUGCGGGCGUUCCUGUCCGCCCUGCGCAAAACACGGGGUCGCCUGCGCUCCCUCACCAUCAAACACAUGGACCUGGACCGCACGGCUUGGUGCCGCAGUGUGCGCAGCAGCCUAGUACGGAGUCUGACCUUUUACCUGCGCAGGGACGGCUCCUACCUGAACUACUUGAACUUCAGAGGGGCCAGGUUCAACCUGCAGCAGGGCCUGGAGGUCCUCGAGGCAGUCGCCGCAGCCCAGCAGCACAUGCACCUUGGUCGACGUCCUGGAAUCGCAGGCCUGAACAUGGAGGACUUUUUCUCCCAGUCCCUCCCUGUAUACAGCAGCCCUGGCUUUGCAGAGGUCAUGCACAGGUUUAAGGGACUAGGUUCCCUCACGAUUAACUAUAGCUGCCUGUCAGACCAGCUACUGGAGGCUUUGGCGGUGGCUUGCAGAGGUUUGGACAACAGCGGAUCGCUGCGUACUCUCACGGUGCGCUGUCACAUCCAAGAGCCCCACAGCCAGGGGAUCUGGGGGAGCUCCUGGUCCAACUUGGCUAAGUGCUGCCCUGAUCUCCACGUAAACAUGUCCGUGGAGCGCAUCCUGAGCCCGGAAGGUCUGAGCCGCAUCCUGCUGAAUGAGAUCCCUGUGCGAGACCUGCAUCUCUCCAGCUGGUACUUCAGUGAGCAGGAGUGGAGCGCCAAACCUGCUCUGACCCAGGUGGUGCCCUGGUAUCGAUAUAGCUUACAGAAGCUGAGUCUAGACUUGAACAACAGUCAUGAAAAGGUUGACGAGGAACUAAUGGAGUUGAUUUUGAUGUGCAAAAAGUUAGCCUACUUAAAGGUCUGGGCCUUCCUGGACAUCAACUUCCUGGAGAGGCUCCUCCAGAACCGCAUGGAAAAGAAAAGCAUGCUCAAAACCAUAAAGGUGCGAAUCUACACAAACAAGUAUGAGACCCAGGAAGAGGAUGAACAGCUGGAUGAGAUUCUCCUGCGCUACAGUACACUCAUAGACUCAGAGCUCAACUACUUUGCCAUCUCCUACCCAAUGCUCUAACAACAGACAGUACCAGCCUGAGCUCUGGAGCCCAUUACAGCUACACUCAUGUAUUAGCUGCUGGCUUCUGUAGCAGUAGGGUAUGCAUGAGAGAUGUUUUUAGAAAACGGUAUAUAUAUUUCAUGGACCCCAAUUCACACCUAUGUGUCCCGUGCUAUAAGAAUGUAAGAUAUUGUGCAGGAAUAAAAUGAAACAAAACCA